UUUCAUUGCAACUCUCGAAAACCACCUUUUUGUUUUUUUUGUUUUGCGACACCUCCACCCUUUCUUUCAUCCACAUCCUGCGUAGCAACCGUUUUGCGCAGCCGCAUAUUAUUAAUUAUAACAAAACUCUUACUCGGCGGGCUUUUUUUUUCUUUUAAAUUCGUUAUUUUGUUAAAGUCUAAUUUCGUGCGAAGCCGUUUAAAGCGAACCGGGUUGGUUGAUGUGGAGACGCGGGUGACAGCUCUUGUUUACCUGGUUUCCCAGUUCUCCCAACUUUCAUCGCAACGACGACCGACUUUGAUUUGACCUUCGCGCCGACAAAGCCUGGGACAGCCAGACGAAUUCGCAGAGCAAACCACGCCAUAGGCCGAGAGACUAUUACGAAUUUGCGAGUCCGCUUUUUUUUCACACAGCCAAAAUGAACACACCACGAGCCACAACGCCAGAGCAAUCUCAUCAAAAGAUCAAAACUCCAGACACACCACGCUGGGGCUUUGCGGACCCAUGGGAACCAUAUGAUUUUCGCCCAUCUACUCGCAUUCAAUCCCAAUCCUCAUCAUCAAAAACGAUAGAUCGAAAGGCAAACCGCACUCCGUCUCCCGCAAAUUCGAGGUCCGCUGCUGCCCCUAGGUCACCUCGCUUUACCGUCACUCGGGCGUCACCACAGAAACGACCUGCGAUGGACCUUAGUGAGUUGCCCGCAUCGCCCACUAAGAAGCAUGCACCAUUGAAGCGCGACGGUCUUUCUUCCACCAUGCUUUCGGGCGAGGUGGGUUCCUCGUCACUUUUCGGCCCUCCCAGCGCUCAGAAAAAGGCGCCUCACAUGGCCUUUGACCGCACCGACAUUUCCGAACAGACUGGAAUGUUGCCUACUCCGAGCAAGACUCCCAGUCGCAAACACUCCAAGCAACUACAGGCCGACAUUAACGCUGUGUCGCGCAAUCUUUUCAAUGACGAUGACAUCAUGCCUCAACCCAAGACGAAGCGCCCGACUAAGUACUCCGGCAUUUCUAUGGGUAGCUUCACUGCGGUAGAGUCUGAAGACCCGAUUGAUAUCUUCACCGACUCCCACGAUAGGAUACCUGUAGUCGACGAUGACGCAGAGAAUCCCUUCAUCGAUGGACCCUCUCAAGGUCGGUCGCAGAGGCUUGCUGCGCGCCAGCGUCGGAAUGAGGACUUGGUGGCCAGGACCAGUGACGCCCAGGUUCACCUUGCGGAAGGCGGAGUUAUUUCGUUGAAGGAGGCUCGUGAACGUUCAGAGGAAGGCUUUAUUCAAGUUUUUCGAGGCAAGCGCAUCUUCCACCAGGAUACUCGUGGCAAGAAACUCAAGGGAAGGCUCUUGUUUGCCUCAGCUUCAGCUGCAAAGUCAAAGACUUCCCCGAUCUUUGACGAAGACGAAGAGGCAGAGACAGACAUUGAGGACCACGUCGAUAGUCAAGUGGAGAACAAGCUUGAUAUUGAUGAUGAGAUUUCAGCAGAGCCCUCAUCCAGCACUCUCAUCAACAACGAGGGAGUGCUCGCAACGCCGAAAGUCAAGGUUGACAAGAAGGUUACUACGCCAAUCGUCCCAGCUGCACCGCAUUCGCCUCCGGCAACUGGUCGUCUCCUACGUUCCUCGCGUAGGAGCGCAGAAGAGACACCGGCGCAUAAGCCACGCAAGCCGAGCAGCCCUUUUGACGGCUGGGCGCGCGUUAAGGGCAGUAUCGAUACCCGUAGCACUUCAUCGAAACGGCCCGCAACUCCCACAUCGCCGCACGCCGAUGCGAAGCGACCGCGGUUCUAGAUACCAAGCAAGCACUUUCUUCUAGCCAAACCAGGUGCACAAAAUGCAUCGGGAAAGCUUUUCUGAUCAAUUCCCGUACCAAAAUACCUUGAGACUUUCUACUUGUUACUUCUUCAUUUUCCGCUUUGUUCUUUUCAGCACCGCCUGUGUUCUGUGCAUAAUAUCAAUUUUGAUGAAGAUGUUACCCAUUUGCGUUGAUGGGUUGGAGACCUGAAAGCUGCUCCCAGAUUGGAGCGACCGGGUGGGAAACGAGUAAAGGUGUUCACGAUCUUUAUGCCCGGCAAUGACGGGCCAGUGAACUCGGAGCCAAGAGGCUUUUGCUCGACAGGGUUCAUGUUUGUAUCCACGAUUUUAUUGAUAUUAGGUUUUUUUUUUUUUUUGUGCUUGGCUUCCUAGCAUGGCUUGGACCGGAUAUCCAAGUAAAAGGGCCUCCAAUUCGGAUGUCUCACUUGGUAAGAGGCAUGCGACAUGGUGCCCUGGGACGGCAAGCAACGCACGUUUAGCAUUCAGCACGUAGAAUAGUCAUUUUAUGAUGAAGGGGUCUCGGUUUGGUGUGUAAAGACUUGCAUCCAUUUGGUAUCUCAUGUGAUCAUGAUUAGACUAGGUACAAAUACUCACUCAAUCAACACACGGUCCGAAG